AUGAAAAGAGAAAGAUCUUCUGAAAGAAACAGCAAGAAUGUGGCUAAGAGGCGCCGUAUAGAGACCUCUUCAGAUGACAGUCGUCAGUGGUACGAGGUGAUGCUUGCCCUGGCGGCCAAAUCAGCUUGCAAGCAAGUCUUUGCUUCUGCUGUUCAUGAAUGGAGAGAUCAUAUUCGAGACUGGCGUGAACUGACCAGUGCCAUCAACAGUUCUGAGGAGCGUAGGGAGCUUCCUACUAUACCACAACCUACGCAUCACAUUGAGUGGUUGGCCAGAGUCAAUUUUAAGCACAGGCCAGUGCGCCGCUAUGACAUACCAGAACAGAGACGCUGUGACGUACCAAAACAGAGACGUCAUCACAAAGUCUCCAACAAACAUGACCUGAAUUCCUCCUUUUAUGUCUACUAAGGAGGAGAAUGAUAUUGGUUAUGUAUGGUCACAAAUGAUGUGCAAAUGUCAGAAACCGAACCGCCACUACCAUCUCUACAACUGGGUUGACUUUCAUGAUUCACAUGUCGUUGCAUGUUUUGCUGUACAUAAGUGUGAAAAAGACACAUUUUCGGAUGCGUUGCACAAAGGUACUUACA